ACACCAUAGGCACCUUAUUAUAACCCAGACAUUUCCUAGGAGAGGCGUCCUCCAUCCUCCUCCAGUCCAGGUGGUGGCGGUAACGCGCUCACUAACUGUUUCUCCAACCGCCGGAAAACGUUAGUGAAGAAAAGGGCCGUUUCUUUCCUGAAUAUCUUUAUCCGACCGAGCUCAUCAGCACUACAACAUCUCUCCGAGUUUUACACUUCUGUGUGCUGGAGUUAAACAUUAAUCCAGGGUAUUGUGUGUGUUUCUGAGGAUUAAACAGCUCGUUGUGCUUUAAACCCUGAGAGGAGUUGUGAUGAGUUCAGCAGGAGUCAGACGCCGCUCCUCCAGGAGGUCUCGGGCUCCUGAUCCUCUUCCCUCACAGCCGUGUGAGGACGUGAAAACAGAGACUUCAGAUGGAGAAGUGUCCACAUGGUCAGAAGUGAAGAAAGAAGAGACGCUGGAGCUGAACAUCAGCAGCCAUGGAAGCGACCUGGACACCAAACCUGAAAAUGUCCCCAUUAAAGAGGAAGAUCCUGACAGUAAUUAUUCUGAUGCAGGCCUGGGAGUGUUUAAUAAUGGGCAGACUGUUCCAGUAGGUGCAAACCUCGGAGCCUACCAGGGAGAGCUGGUGGACAGAGAGGAGGAACAUAUGUACAGUGGAUACUCCUGGGGGACUCUGAUUGAAACCCCAAGCCAGACUGUGGUGGACUUGAGACCUGAGCUGGAAAAGCGUGAUGCAGAGAUCGAGGCGCUGAAACAGCAGCUGCGUGUCUGCAAGGCCGCACAUGUUGAAGAGGUGGAGGCCCUUAAAAGUAAGUUGCGAGUCUGCGAAGAAGCACACGCAGAUACAAAGGCAGCACUUGCUGAUCUGGAAGCCACCCACAAAGGACUCAUUGAGACCCACAAUAAUGUUAUAACGCAACUAAGAGAGGCGCAGACAGCAUUAAAAGAAGCUGUUAGGUCAGGGAUGAACUGUCCAGACUGUCUAACGACCGGGUCUAACACUGCUAGUGGGGAUCCAGAGAGCAUGGAAACGUCUUCUGCCACAACAUCCAUUACAAGCUGCCACACCGAACUUCCGUUUACUCCUCCCACUACGGAGCAUCUCGAGUCGCCGAAGAGUCGGUGUCGAAGGCGGCCAGAUCGGCUCGGUUGCUUGCUGUUCCGCACUGAGGUACCGCUGGACGUCUAUGACGAAUGGGAAUCCACAACAAACUGGGAUGGUUCCAGGGGCAAACGUGGACCGCCAACUCCUUCUCCACCUGCAAAAAGGAAGCAGUGUCAAAUUGGCAGAUGUGCAAACAAAACCUCUCAUACCUGCCAGGUCUGUAAGCGGUUUGUCUGUGGAAAAUGCUCAAGGAAUGUACCAAAGCUAUGCUUGGAAUGUUAAUUCAGGGAACAAAACUUGUGGCAUCUGCUAGAAAUGUAAACUAAAUGAAUUGUAAGCCUUUAAAUGGCAAUAAAAAAUAAUUGCAAAACAUCAGCAUACAUAGAAGGGAACUUCUGAGGUGGUCAGACCGGGUGAUUCAUGGCAUGAAUGACUGAAUGAUGCAUAGCUAGUAUGCGCGAUCCUUUGCGCCAUCUGCUGAGAGAAAUGAGAAUCGCAGGUUGGAAAAGCGGUCAAAUGACCGGUACUCUGCACUUUUAGUGUUAAGGAAGUUUUUAUUGGAAACAGUUACCCAGAAGUUUUCCUUCUUGACUAGCAGUGACAGCAAGCGGGUCAAGGACCAAGUGAAUAAAUUUCUCUGCUCACCAAGGACCACUGUUGCACACCGACAUCAACAAUAUUAAAGUUUUUCGUCUUUAACCCUAACCCUUUUUUGGUUCUAAAUAUUUUUGCUUUUGGGUAGCUUCUAUUUUAUUGAUUUUAUUUUUUUAUUAUCUUUUAUUAUUUGUGUUUUAAUAUUAAAAACAUUUGAUUUAUUCUAGUUUUCUAUUCUAAAGAAAAUUUGCUACAUUUUGUUUAUUUCUAUGUUAAAAGUUUGAUGUUCUUAAUUGUAGCAAAUUUAAUUCUUGUCAAAAUAAUAAUAAACUGUUUAUUUACAAGCCCUUGUGCUGUUGUUUGUGCUGUUUUGUAAAUAAUAACAAUAAACAGAUACAAACAGAGAGGCUCUAUAACUGUUCAUCUUUUGUUCAAAUAAAAUUGUCUGCUAAUGAACUCGAUCGUCUGUCUAAUCAAUAUUAAACCAAUGUUUUUAUUUAUUUAUUUUAAAUUUUGUAUU